CUACGUGUCCCCAAAACAAAUAUAAGAUUUAGUUAUAAAAACUGUUCUGUGUUGUGUGUCCUAGCACCUAGCUAGCUAGCUAGUUGUGGCUAGUGUGUGUUGUGUGUAUACCGUGUGCACCAAAACCUAUAAUGGGUAACAAGCAACUCAUUAAAAAGAAGACAUCUCGAAAAAGACAACUCAGAAGAUUCCAACAAACAAUGGAACAAACGAAAAGAAGAAAAUUGGAUAAUUUCACAGCCGAAGAUGAUACUAUAUCUUUAGACUACAUCGAACUGCAAAAUAUGGAAAUGGAAUCUCCGAUUUCAUCAAAGUUGAAAGUCAGUCAAAAUAACGAUGAGGCGACCAGCUCAAACAUUUUGAACCCACGCAUUGCACAGGUGGAUGACACUUAUCGGGUUCCUAGUCUAUUAGAGGAAGAAGAUACCCAUGAGUUACAAAUAUCGUUCGAUUUGGAAGAAGAGCUUCCUGACAAAACCGUCGGUCGAAGAAUUGUUGCAAUUAGUAAUUUUUUUACAAAAUUACAAUCGAUUUGCAAUCAUGGACCCUUAGGAUGCGGUAUUCAAGAAAUGCAGUUGGUUGGAGAAGUAAAACAUGGGCAUAAUUGAACUUGGCUCUCAUUUCACAUUUAUGUUUUUGUUGGGAAAUCAUUACUUUUGUACAAAAAGUAAGAAAUUACUAGUGUUAAUCAUAAAAGCAGUUGUGCUGAAAACGAGACCCUCGCUAACGCGCGGUCAACUGUCAAAAAAUUUCAGUUUUCAAUAUUUUCUUUUUUUAUACGCCUUUUAGUCUACCUUCAUGCCAAAUAUCAAGUUUCUAGGUUAUCUAAAAGUGGGUUAGGUUUUUGGUAAG